UUUAGUUUGGGCCCGAGCUGAUGAGCGGUGCAGGAGUAACCGAGGUCUUGUGGGAACACGGUGCGCAUCCCUGCAGGAGAUCCUCGUGGAUCACCACGAUGGAGAGCAGCCUGAAGACCAUUGAAGAGGAGAACAAAGUAAUCGAGCAGCAGAAUGAGUCUCUCCUGCACGAGCUGGCCAACCUGAGCCAGUCCCUGAUCCACAGCCUAGCCAACAUCCAGCUGCCGCACAUGGAUCCAAUCAAUGAACAAAAUUUUGAUGCAUACGUGACUACUUUGACGGACAUGUAUACAAAUCAAGAUCGUUAUCAGAGCCCAGAAAAUAAAGCCCUACUGGAAAAUAUAAAGCAAGCUGUAAGAGGAAUUCAGGUCUGAGCAGCUGCUGUAGGUGACGGGAUGUUGUUUAAAAGGAGACCUGUUGUUCUUUGCUGCUGUGAUUCACCAGAAAGUGUUCUAUAUUUAUUUCUGUUUGAAACAGUGUGACGCUUACAAGACUUCAUAAUGAUUUUAUGUCUUGCUUUAAAGAUAGUACCUGCAGAAUAGUUUUCAAUACAUUCACAUUUUGUACGUUUUCAUAUAAGCUGACAUAGUGUGAUAUGCCAUGUAAUGUUUAUAGCUGCUAAUGUAUGCACAUUUGGGGGUAUAUAUAUUUCUGAAGAGGUAAGCGGAUCAAAAUAAAUAGAGUGUAAAUUCUUUUUAAUGCUUUAGUGAUUAAAUGUUUUAGUAUUUUGAACUGAAAUGGACAAAAAAAAAACAAAAAACAAAAAAAAAAGAAA